AUGAUGCUGUUGACGGAAGGGAAGCUGGAGGGUUUGUCGACCCGCGAUCGUGUUGAUUGGAAGGUCCAGGCGCUGAAGAAAGGAGAGACGUGGCUCCUAGUCAUCGACUGCAAGUCUCCCAGGGUUUCUUCUGACGCCUCGCUGCUCGAGCUGGCGGCCUCAUCGUUGGCAGUGCUUCGCUGUCAGAGAUGGGUAGAGCGAGUCAUCAUCGGCAUGAGGGUCUGCCCUUUCACGCAGUCCGUCAGCGUAGCGGCCACGGGCUUAUCCAAGGUCGGCAUCGCUCCAGGUCCCAUCGGUUAUCCUGUCUGUCAUGCCGAUCACGUGGUACAUGUCUUGUCUGCGCUGUGGAACACCAUCUCCGAUAUGCUGUCCAAAGACCCGACAGAGCUCAGUACAGUCCUGCUCCUCACUCCUUGUUUCUCUCAAGACGACUUUCCUAGAUAUGCGGCAGCUUCGCGAGUAAUCUCGAAUGCACUCCUUAGCUUGAAGGCGGAGAAAAAUAUUUCACUUGUCUUCUUCCAUCCCUUCUACGAGAGAGAAGCAGUGUUCCCUGUCAACGACCCAACACAUGGUCAUCUGCCCCCGGAGAACAUGCUGCGAUCUAUGUUGCUCAACUUUUAUGAGAUUGAAGAUGUCAUGAAUUUCGAGGACAACCUUCAUCAGAAUGAUUUCUCGCGCCGAUCUCCCAUGCCCAUGAUCAACUUGCUGCGAACGGAGCAGGUUGAGCUCGCGGAGCAGCUCACGUCCGGAGCCAAGGUGUAUUGCGCCAACGCAAAGCGAAUGGCUCAGGCUGACCGCACGGCUCUCCUCCGAGGCCUGGCGAGCGACAUGGCAGCGCCGCAGCUCAGUCAAGACAAGGACAGGCCGUUCUGA